GGCCUGCAUCCAGUCCUGGCCACUGGGUCACCUCGCCCCGUAUAAGAGCGCCGCGAGCGCGCCUCCCGAGACAGUUGGCUGGACAGCUCCGGCAAAAUAGGAUCGCUCUGCUCAGUGCUUUCAUUCGCGAUUAUGGGAACUGUUGGAUUCUUCGCCAAAGUGGCCUUCACCCUCAUGAUCAUGGCCAUUCAUCAUCCGCCCGCAAUGACGCGCGGCCUGCUCUAUCCUCGGGAGUCGGAGACCAGAGAAGUGCGCUGCUUGGACGGCAUGUGGAACUUCAUAGCGUCAGACACACGCCAGCCCGCCAAGGGAAUUGAGGAGAAGUGGUACGAGCAAGAUCUGAACAAGGUGGGAACGACGAUUCAGAUGCCAGUUCCUGCCAGUUACAACGAUGUCACUACAAAUUCAUCUCUACGGGAUCACGUGGGAACGGUUUGGUACGACAGGAAGUUCUUCGUCCCGAAUUCAUGGUCAGAUAAAGUAGUCUGGAUUCGCUUCUCCAGCGUUCACUAUGAAGCCAUUGUGUGGAUCAAUGGCAAUCGAGCAGUUCGUCAUGAAGUCGGACAUUUACCUUUCGAAGCAGAAAUUACGAGCUUUCUAAACUACGGACAGGAGAAUCGAGUGACUGUUCUCGUGGACAAUGUCCUCAUACAGACAACAGUGCCUCAGGGAAACGUGAUGGAAGUGCCCACAGACUAUGGUAUGAACCUAGUUCAAACAUACACCUUUGACUUCUUCAACUACGCCGGAAUCCAUCGAUCUGUGCACCUGUACACAACAUCCAAAGUUCACAUUGAAGAUGUGAUUGUGUCGACUGAUCUGGAUGGAAACACAGGCAUCGUGAACUACAGAAUUAUAGCUAAUGAUACGGAUGUGGAGGAACUUGUGACAUUCAUUCAGAUCUUAGAUGCUGACGACAAUGUUGUGGCUACGAAUACAACACCUGCAAAUAUGCAAGCAUCCAUAGAGAUUCGGGAUGUUAAGCCUUGGUGGCCAUAUUUGAUGCAUCCUAAGCCUGGAUAUCUCUAUAAGAUGGAAGUUUAUCUAUCCACUGCCACAGUGAAGAACAUUGACAUUUAUCGUUUGAAAAUCGGCGUGAGAACACUUCAUUGGAACGCCACGACAUUCACAAUCAAUGGAAAGCCCAUUUAUUUCAGAGGAUUCGGCCGACAUGAGGACUCUGACAUUCGCGGCAAAGGACUCGAUUUGGCUCUCCUGACUCGCGAUUAUGAUCUUCUGCGCUGGGUAGGAGCCAAUUCCUAUCGCACUUCGCACUAUCCGUACUCUGAGGAAGCCAUGGAGUUCGCAGAUGAGAACGGAAUCAUGAUCAUCGAUGAGUGUCCAAGUGUCGACACGGUGAACUACAACGAAGCCUUGCUAACCAAGCACAAGUCUUCGAUCGAGCAGCUGAUUCAUCGCGACAAGAACCAUCCGAGUGUCGUUAUGUGGUCCAUUGCGAAUGAACCCAGAACCGCGGAUCUGAUGGCAGGCAACUACUUCGAAAGUGUGGCCAAGUUCACACGGAUGCUGGAUCCCACGCGGCCUGUCAGCGCGGCCAUUGCUGUGUCCAUGACCACUGAUCGCGCGGCUCAGCACAUGGACAUCCUGAUGUUCAACCGCUACAACGGCUGGUACUCGAACCCAGGAGAACUGGGCAUGAUCACGAGCAGGGUGAUCGAAGAGGCCACUGCCUGGCACUUGAAGCAUCAGAAGCCCGUGAUAAUGUCCGAAUACGGAGCGGACACGGUUGAAGGACUCCAUCUUCUGCCGCCAUUUGUCUGGACUGAAGAUUACCAAGUGGAGCUCUUCUCGCGCCACUUCAAAGCUUUCGACAUUCUACGAUCCAGAGGUUUCUUCAUCGGGGAGUUCAUUUGGAAUUUUGCCGACUUCAAGACCGCUCAGACCGUCACGCGUGUUGGUGGCAACAAGAAGGGCAUCUUCACGCGAUCCCGCCAACCCAAAGCCGCGGCUCAUCACGUGCGAAAGCGCUACUUCAAGCUGGCCAAGGAUCUCGAGAACGCACGCAUGCCUAAUGAUCUCUUCCCCUACCUCAGCGACUCCGGAUCGUCCUGCAUUGAAACCCCACGAGAUGAACUGUAAACAGUGUCCCAAAUCGCGAAUGACUUAAAAAGUAUUGAGUGAUCUGUAUUUUCUAUCUUCGUACUGAUAAUUCUCUGUAAACGUUUUAAGUGCUAAAUAAAUAUGAUUGAAAUGAAAAAUA